GGUGUUCCAAUCCCCUCCAUAUCAUGUGAUUCAGGUGUUCCAAUCCCCUCCAUAUCAUGUGAUUCAGGUGUUCCAAUCCCCUCCAUAUCAUGUGAUUCAGGUGUUCCAAUCCCCUCCCAAUCAUGUGAUUCAGGUGUCCCAAUCCCCUCCAUAUCAUGUGAUUCAGGUGUUCCAAUCCCUCCUAAUCAUGUGAUUCAGGUGUCCCAAUCCCCUCCAUAUCAUGUGAUUCAAGUGUUCCAAUCCCCUCCAUAUCAUGUGAUUCAGGUGUUCCAA